AUGACCGUAACAUAUCCCAAUCGAAUCUAUGCGUCCUCCAUCGAUGCUAAUGAAGUUGGUGCAAAAUGUAUGUGUGACGUUUGCCAUCUCGACAUUUCCAAUACAAUUUAUAUCAAUUGUGCCGAAUGUUCCAAUGUUGAUCUCUGCAUUUCUUGUUUUUCUUCCGGCUCAACUCCAGCUCCCUCUUUUACGGAAAAGCUUCCACAAAAUCAAAACGCCUCCCCGCCCCCUCAGCACAAAGCAACCCAUGCUUACUAUGAGCCGCUGGAUUUUCCUAUUUUCGAUCCAAAAUGGAGGGCUGAUGAAGAAAUAUAUCUGCUUGAAGCAUUGGAAAAGGUUGGGAUUGGAAACUGGAUUGACAUUUCGUUUUACCUUGGCUCGAAGACACCGGAAGAAUGUGAAUCCCACUAUAGGGAUGUCUAUUUGAGCAACAAAAACACACUGGUCCCUCAUCAGAGCCAGAUGGUGCCUGGAAGAUUCAAGCUUCCUUUGUGCAAGGCACCAAUUCAAGAGCCACCUGCUAAUUCUAUUUCGUCCUCUCCCUCUGAUCACGAGCUGGUUGGAUACAUGCCAAAGCGAGAAGAAUUUGAGACCGAGUUUGAAAAUGAUGCCGAACAUCUUGUAAAGGACAUCUGUUUUUUGGAUACGGACAAUGAAUUUGAAAGAGGUGAGAGGUUUCUUUGGUUUUUUAUCUCAGAAUUGAAGUUCGCAAUUCUCUUCACAUAUUGUGAUGCGCUUGAAAAAAGAGAGGAAAGGAAGAGAACCAUUUUUGAACACAACCUUGUAGAGUAUAAGAAACUAACCACCAUUGAUAAGGAUCGGGCAAAGGAGGAGAAGGACAUCCAUCAAACAUUGAUCCCAUUUGCUCGAUUUAUGAGCAAAGAAGAUUUUGCCCUGCUGACAGCCGACUUUAUCGACGAGUUUUACUUGAAGAAAUAUAUCCAUCAUUUACAAACGCUAAGGAAAAAAGGUUUCCGUACCAUUGAGCAUGCGCUCAAUUAUAAUUCAAAGGCCACCGCCAUCAAUGACCAAAUAAAAUCAGCCGCCAAUAUAUCGAUCAAGAUUACGCCCAAGGUAGCCCUUUGGAUGCAUUACUACCCUCUUAGGAGCUAG